AAUUUAAUGUUGUACUAUUUGAAAUACUAAUGAUUACUUUUUCAUUUUGUUAAAAUUCGCACUUUUGUAAACACAUUCCAUUUUCUAUUACUGAUCUCUAAUUUCAAUCAUUAUUUCGAAUUGUUUUCUGCUUAAUUUAGGAAGCAAUUGUUAUUAUUGUGGAUGUGGUUGAAACAGAUGAAAAAGAAAAACAACUAUGGGAAAUAGAAAGUGCAAAAAGUUGUGUGAAUAUGAUUAUUCAAAGAAAGAUAUUUUCAGAAUCAAAAGAUGAAAUAGCUCUGGUUUUAUGUGGCACAAAGGAAACAUGUAAUAAGUUAGCUGAUGAAGGUGAUGUUGAGUUCUCAAAUGUUGAAGUUGUUCAAGAAUUUAAACCUGCAAAUUGGGAAUUGUUGGAAUAUGUAAACAAGAUUAAAAGUUCUAAUGUUUUUGUUCAUAAUAUUAAGGACAAUGCUUUGCUAGUUGCAAUAAAUUUAUUGCUUUGCAGUACAAGCACAAAAAAGUUUUUCUCUAAAAGAAUACUUUUCUUAUCAACAUUUGACAAUCUGUUUGGUCAUAAGGCAAACCUUAUUUGUGAACAAUUAAGAGAAAAUAAGAUAGAAUUGAAUCUUAUUGGUCCUGUGUCUUGUGAUGACAUUCAAAAUGGCAACAACUUGCAACAGUAUUCUCAUAGUAUGGUUCGGAAUACUUUAAAGGAAGUGAAUGGAGAAUCUUAUUCUUUCAGUGAAGCACUACCUGCUCUUAUUUAUUAUCAAAAGAAAAAAGUUCAAGCCCUUCCAUGGAAUGCCAAUUUAGAUAUUGGAACUAAUCUUACUAUUCCUAUUAGUGCAUAUAUCAAGGUAAAUGAACACAAGCAAAAAUCUUGGAAAAAUGCUUAUGCUCGCAAGCUAAAUGCUAAGUUAGAAAGAGACACUAUAUAUCUUAUGAAUGACGAAGAUCAAACUAAAGUUCCUAAAGAUAACAUCAUACCAGCCUUUAAGUAUGGUACAACUCUUGUUCCUUUUACUGAAGAAGACAAAGCAAAUAUGGAUUAUCAGUCGGGCGAAAAAGGAAUGAAGGUGCUUGGUUUUACUAAAGAAGAAAAUGUUCAUCGUUAUCAUUAUAUCGGAGAUAAAUCUAUGUAUGUAUUUGGUCAGAAAAAUAGAGAGUUGGCAGGUGUCAUCCUUGCACCUUUUAUCCAAGCAUUACAUGAUACAAAAAUGGUUGCUAUUGUUCGCUAUGUUUAUUCUGCCAGAUCUGCUCCUAAAAUUGGGUUCUUGUCUCCUAAAAUCAAAAUUAACUAUAGAUGCCUUAUUUUUAUUGCAUUACCAUUUAUGGAGGAUCUACGUCAUUUUAUAUUCUCUCCAUUACAUUCCAGUCCCAAAAAUAUUCCUACAGAUGAGCAACUAAGUGCUGUAGAUGAUUUUAUCACUUCAAUGGAUUUGAGUACAGCUAAUAUGGAUGAUGAGGGAAAUCUCGUUGAAGCUCUGAAACCAAAAACUACUUACAAUCCAUAUUUGCAAAGGCUAUAUCAGUGUCUGCAACAUCGAUCUCUAUAUCCUGAGAAACCUCUACCUGAAAUUCCUCCUCAAAUUAGCUCAAUCAUCAAUCCACCAGAAAAACUCAUGAAAAUGUCAGAGCCAGCUCUUUUUAAAAUAAAGAGUGUUUUCCCCUUGAAAGAAACCUAUCCAAAAAAAGUUCUUGAGAAAGGUGCUGCUUCCUUUAUUAAAUCUGAGAGUGCGAAUAAAAAGAGAAAACUUGAUGACAAUGAAAGUGUUGGAAUUGAUGCUGUCGAAGAUAAAGUUAUGCAGGUAGGGUCUGCACAUCCAGUUCAAGAUUUCCAGUAUCUAUUAAAAACAAAAAUGCUGUCAUUUGGAGAAGCAUGCAAGCAAAUUAUAGAUAUUGUGUACAAAUACUUAGAAAACAAAGGAAAUUUGCAUCGUUACCACCCCAAAAUUUUAGCCAUAUGCAAAGAACUAAGACAUGCUUCUUUAAAGAGAAAGGAUACAACACAAUAUAAUGUUUUUAUGGCAAAUCUUCGUGAGGAACUUCUGACUUGUGACAAAGAACUGUGGAAUAAGAUUAGGAAAGAAAAAAUUGGUUUAAUAUCUAAUAAAGAAGUUAAGUCAAGUACAUUUUCUGCAAGUGAAGCUGAAAGUUUCCUAUCUGUAUCUUCUUUGGAAGAAGUAAAAACAAGUUUCCCUCCAUCUGAUGCUUAUAACGACGAUGAUGAUGAUUACGAGGAUUUGCUUGAUCAGUUAUAAUAAUGAAGAACUGCCCCAUUUUAAACAUGCAAGUCAUUUUACAAAUAGUGUUAUAGAAGUUAAUUUUUCUCAUGUAAUCAAAUUUGUUUAGAGUUUUUAUAAAUUUAUCUUUAUUUUUA